AAAGGAGGAGAAAUAAAUGAAAACGGGGAGACGGAGUGGGACGUGCAAACACGCGCCACGCAUCAAUGGUGGAGGAACAGUGAGUCGCCAUCACAGUACGUGAUGCUUUUGCUUCUCCCUCUGCACUUCUCGCCAAUCCUUCCCCCUGCAACUUCUUCCUCUUCUUCUUUGUCCUUCUCCUGAUGGAAGGACGCAUCCUCCUAUCCAAAUGGGUUUCUUCUAUCAUGCAAACGUUCCUCCUUAGCUGAUCUGCUCCUCGAUUGCUUCUGCUUGAUCAUUCAUUUGUUUGUUUUAUGAUGGAGUCUUGUGAUUGCAUUGAGACACAGUGGCCCCAAGAUGAACUUCUUAUGAAAUAUCAAUACAUCUCAGACUUCCUGAUUGCCCUUGCAUACUUCUCAAUUCCUGUGGAACUGAUCUAUUUUGUGCACAAGUCUGCAUUCUUUCCAUAUAGAUGGGUGCUUAUGCAGUUUGGUGCUUUUAUUGUUCUUUGUGGAGCAACACAUUUCAUAAACUUGUGGACAUUCUCAAUGCACUCUAAAGCUGUUGCCUUGGUGAUGACUGUAGCAAAAGUCUCAUGUGCUAUUGUGUCUUGUGCAACUGCACUAAUGCUUGUCCACAUUAUUCCCGAUCUGCUGAGUGUGAAAACUCGUGAGCUGAUUCUUAAGCACAAGGCUGAGGAACUCGACAGGGAGAUGGGACUCAUUCUUACACAAGAAGAAACUGGAAGGCAUGUUAGAAUGUUGACACAUGAGAUUAGGAGCACUCUUGACCGGCAUACUAUUCUGAAGACUACUCUUGUUGAGUUGGGUAGGACUUUGGGCUUAGAGGAGUGUGCGCUCUGGAUGCCAUCAAGAAAUGGUCUGAAUCUGCAGCUUUCCCAUGCAUUAAACUACCAAGCACAAGUUGGAUCUUCUAUGCCAACUAACCUACCUUUUGUAAAUGAUGUUUUCAAUAGCCCUCGAGCAAUACGAAUACCACAUACCAGUCCACUGGCUAGAAUCAUACCUCCUGUUGGAAGAUAUGUACCACCUGAAGCUGUUGCUGUUAGGGUUCCUCUCUUGCAUCUCUCAAAUUUUCAGAUUAAUGAUUGGCCUGAUGUUUCUGCCAGAAGUUAUGCAAUCAUGGUUUUGAUCCUCCCUCCUGAUGGUGCUCGAAAAUGGCGAGAUCAUGAGUUGGAACUGGUUGAUGUUGUUGCAGAUCAGGUAGCAGUUGCCCUUUCACAUGCUGCUAUUUUGGAGGAGUCUAUGAGAGCCCGUGAUCAACUCAUGGAACAGAAUGUUGCUUUAGAUUUAGCUCGGCGGGAAGCAGAGAUGGCAAUCCAUGCUCGCAAUGAUUUCCUUUCUGUCAUGAAUCAUGAAAUGAGGACACCAAUGCAUGCAAUUAUAGCGCUGUCAUCACUUCUCCUAGAGACAGAACUGACUCCAGAGCAAAGGGUUAUGAUAGAAACAGUAUUGAAGAGUAGCAAUGUAUUGGCAACACUUAUUAAUGAUGUUCUAGAUCUUUCUAGACUGGAAGAUGGUAGCCUUGAAUUAGAAAUGGGAAAACUCAAUCUUCACGGGGUUUUGGGAGAGGUUAUCAAUAUGAUAAAGCCUAUAGCAUCUGUAAAGAAGUUGUUUAUGUCACUGAUUUUGGCGCCUGAUCUGCCUAUGUAUGUCAUUGGUGAUGAGAAAAGGCUUGCGCAAAUCCUCUUAAAUGUUGUCGGUAAUGCGGUCAAAUUUACUAAGGAGGGCUAUGUUUCUGUGAGAGCAUCUGUUGCAAAACCAGAAUCUUCACAGGAUUGGCGAUCUCCUGAGUUUUAUCCAACAUCAAGUGAUGGUCAUAUCUACAUACGCAUACAGGUCAAGGAUUCUGGAUGCGGCAUUCUCUCACAAGACAUUCCACAUCUUUUUACCAAGUUUGCUCAAUCUCGAAGUGGACCUGCUCCGCCUAGCAGUGGUGCAGGCCUUGGGCUUGCCAUUUGCAAGAGAUUUGUAAAUCUCAUGGGAGGCCACAUAUGGAUCGACAGUGAGGGCCUUGAUAAAGGAAGCACAACUACGUUCAUUGUUAAACUUGGGAUCUGCGGCAACAAUCCAGAUUCAUCUGGUCAACAACCUGCGGAUAGAAUCCAACCAUAUAGUGGAAGUGGAAACCUCACUGGAUAUAAACCCUUUGUCAAAGACAACGAUGAGCCAGGCUUUCCUAACCGACGCUAUCAAAGGAGCCUGUAGCGGCCAAAAACGCUAGGUGAUUUGGAUUUUGAUUCCAUUCUGAAACCAAGUUUCAUUUUGCAGGUGAGAGCUAAAUUUGCAGCUUGCAAAUGUAGACUAGAAAUGCUGUCUCAGGCGUUUCUUAUAGUCCUGAAAUUAGCUUCAUAUAAGUUAUUAUGUGAUUUAGAGUAAGAGGAUCAAUGAUCCGUUCCAAUCUAUGGGCUAUUGUAUUGCUGUUUCUUGCCGCAACCGCAAAAGGUUGCGUUGUGAGAUGAUAUUUGAGUAACUGAACGAUUCAAUUGAGGAUAUGAAAUGUAAUUCAAAGGAUUAAAUGAUGAGCAGUGAGGAUUUGGUUUUGGGAAGGACA